AUGGAAGAUCACUUAUCAGCUAUGGCCCAAUCGUCAACCUCAGAGCCGGCCUUCAAAACCUUGGAUCCUGUAGAGGGCCCAAAUAACACCACAAUUCGCAUUAUCUCUGUCAUGCCACCUUCUGCCUCUCAGAAAGAAAAUCUUGACCCAAAUUCAACAUCCCUAUCCGCCCGCCAACGGUCGCAGAAAAAGAAAACAGAGGAAGGGAAGAAGCCAGCUCAGAGCAAGGGUAUCAACCUCAAAGUCACCAAGAAACCUCUGCAACUGAGUUCAGCGAGCAACAAGGGAGUUUCUAUCAAGUCCAAGGAAGCAUCUUUUCCGAUCACCCUAAAAGCCAUUGAGGAAUUCUUUGCUCACUCACAAAACAAGGAGAAUGAAUUUCAGCAGCUUCUUGCGGGGAAAGGAGCCGAUGUGGUCAUGGGUGAUUCCCACCUGGAAACAAUGGCGAACGCUACGACAGCUGCCAGCAGCGCUAUGGAUUCGGCAACUCUCAGCAGGGCUAUCUCAUGA